CUUGACGAGUAGCCAUCACAUAAGUUUUAAACUGUCGGAAAACUAAACUAUAGAGUUUAAAAGGCAUAGUUAGAGCAUGUUAAAUAACUUAUUUUAAUCUAUUUAGACUAAAUACAUAAAGUAUGUUUAAGAACUGGUCAAGCUGGCUUGGAGCAGAGAAAGAAAGCGGCCAAGUUACAGAAGAGCCUGCUGAUGCUAACGAAGAAAAACGCUGUAGUGAAAUAAACAAACCGAGCGACCAGCAGGGCAGAGAUGCUGGGACAGAUGCUCAGCUUCUCCAGAAAGCAAAAGGUUUCAGUGGUUACAUUUAUAAUUUUGCCAGCAGCGCCUCAAAAAAAUUAUCUGAGUCCGUAGUAGAAACAGCUCAAACCUUAAAGAAGAGCGUGGAGGAGGGGAAGAUCAGUGGAAUUAUUGAUAAGACCAUUUUGGGUGAUUUCCAGAAGGAACAAGAAAGGUUUGUUCAGGAGAAAAGAGCUAAAGAGUAUGGUGCUGCUGUGCCUCCAUGGGUGGGUUAUAAUGAAGAGGACGCCAUACAGGAACAGAUAUUAGCUCUCUCAGCUGAUAAAAGAAAUUUUUUGCGUGACCCCCCUGCUGGGGUGCAGUUUUACUUUGACUUUGACCAAAUGUAUCCAGUCGCCAUGGUUAUGCUAGAGGAAGACGAGCUCCUGAGGAAGAUGCGCUUCCAUCUGGUCCCCAAACAGGUGAAAGAGGAAGUCUUUUGGAAGAAUUACUUCUACCGCGUGUCUUUGAUAAAACAGUCGGCUCAGCUCACAGCUCUCGCAGCCCAACAGGCAGCUGAGUGGAUUGAUGUGAAGAAAACCUCCUACCCUUGCAAAGAUCCUCAUCAAAAUGAUGCAGUUAAAUCAAAAGCCAGCAGUCUCCAACCAAAGUCAAGUGAGGAUGAAGAAGAGCUCUCCACCAGUCUGCACGUGUCUGAAUUUGUAAGUGAUACUUUUGACUCCUGUGAGAUCAACAAGGAAGACCUGUGCAAAGAGAUGCGAGAGCUGGUUCUGGACAAGAGGGAAAACCUAAAUGCAGAGCAGGAGGAGAUGCCAGACUGGGAGAGAGAGCUGCAGGAAGAACUUCAGGAGUACGACGUGUUGGCUGACAGCGAAACCCACGAUGAUAACUGGGACAAGGAGAUUGAAGAGAUGCUGAAGGAGGAGAGUUAGAGUAAUGAGCGACACCUUCAGAGGCUCUUUGGUGAUUUCUUACAUCUUCGGCCUUCCAACAGCUCUGGGAAGUUUGCAUUCAUGCGUGUUUAAUUCAAAAUGUGAAGAGAAAAUAGAUGUUACAAAGACAAUGUGUCUCACAUUAAUAGAAGUUUACAGUUUGUUUUUUUUACUUUACCUGAUUUGUUAUCAGGAUUAAAGCUAAUAAAGAUAUUUUCUCGGUAAUCUAGCUCACUCUGCAUAGUGGGUGACUAAGUUACCAACUCGAUGUCAUGUUACGGAUGAAAAAUUUGGUUUGCAGCACAUAAAUUUCCAUCAGUAAUCAAAAAUCAAAUAUCUACUUUCAUCCACUGUGUUUUUGAGUUUGCCGUUAAAAAAGACGGCUGUAGCCAUGGUGACACAUCACACUGGUUUUGGACUCCACAUUUUAAAGCCUCAGUAUUAGCGUUUUGGCUGCCCUGUUGUUUUUUUGGAGCCAGAAGUUGGGCCAAAGGGUGGCGUGAUAGGUAGUGGCUCCAUAGUUUAUUUUAUGUGUUCACCUAACAAGCAAAAGCUUCCUGGUGCAUCUGGUGUAAAAGUCUGCCAAUCAAGCAUAGAGCUUUGUUACUAGUUACAGCAGUGGACUUAAUCUAUGAAAGAUGGACGCUACUUCUGAGCACUGAAGUGGAGCUAGUGUGGAAGUGGCUGUACCCUGCAUUCUUUUAACAGCCAGCAGGGGGUGACUCUUGAUUCAGAAAGACCUCCAGUUGUGUAGAGGUUUAUGGUAAUUCAGCCUUCAGCUCCUGUAAUCCAUGAUCUCUGUAAACAUGUUUGAGAUGAAUUCACAGCCUGAAUCAGUAGUUUCAUGUUUUAUUGAACACAAAGUGAAGCUCAUUUGAUAAAUUAUUGUAUGGAUUAUGGACGAUAAAGCAGGAUGUGCUUCAGGGUGAGGCUAAGUUGUGAUUGAUAAGUCAUUAACAAAUGAGCUUACAGCAUUCUUGGGUUUCACAGUCAGAUCCAUUGUACCUCAGUUUUAAAAAGCUGAGACACUAAAGACAACCAGUUUGCGUCAUAUGUGACAUCACAGUGGCUGUGCCCAUUAUUUAUAUACAGUCUUUCAUCAUACAUACUAUGUGAGGCUAUGCCAAAAAAACAAGCAACAUACUGAAGGAAGAAUACAAGCGCUGCUUCGUUUGCACAGCAGGCUUGUGUGGAAGCUACAUUUCUGGCAGAAAUGCUGAUAUAUUAACUUCUUAAGCCCCAACGCCCCCUGAUACGGGGGCAAAAGGCAGGAGAUCAGUUAGGCUUGGGGCUUAAGAGUUUAAACCGGACUAUGAACAGUGAAUAUUCUCUGUAAUUCAUUAAACCAGAGAUUUUAGUUUUGGUCGGAGAAUUUCAUGAAACCAGUGAAGUAUAUUUCUCAAAGUUUAUCCUUGACUGAGCCACCCUUUUUCAUACAUACAAAUGAUUUGUUGGUUUGUUAUGCUUUUUAAAUGCUGUUAAUAAAAUACCUACAGGCUUUGGACCCUGUGUAUUUCACCAAAUUUAUUAAACAGAUGAGUGAACAUGCAGUUUUUUUGAAUGCAUUGUUUAAUGUGAAGCCAUGCCGGUCCGAAGCAGUCUUCCUCUUGUUUAUGUUUUUUUGGGACUUUUCCCCUUAU